GAAGGGGGCGCGCUAGGCGGGGCGGCGGGGUAGCCCCACCCUGGGCUCCCCUGCAGGGGCCGGGCCCGGCCAGAGGGCGAGGAGCCCCCUGCGGCGCGCACACCUGCUGUCGCGGAGGGGCUUCCGAGGAGGGCCCCGGCGUCAGGGCGUGGGGGGGGGGUGUCUCCGAUACCAGCCCCGCUCGCCCGCUACUGCCUCCCUCCCCUUGGACCCGAGUCGGUUGUCAUCUUUUGGGGCGCUGAGGGCAGCUACAGCCUACACCCCCGGUGCGCCCGGCGCGGGCAGCACUUCCGCAAACGUAACUGCAGUGGGGAAAACAAAGGCGCUGCCCAAGGAAGCCGUCGCCGGCAGCAGCCAGGGUGCCGGGUGAGGGUUGCGCCCCAGUGUCCAGGCCCUUCUCGGCCCGGCCGCACUCGCGCCCUUGUCAUAACCGUCCUCGGGAGAAAGAGGGAGGCGAGAACACCAGACAGUCCGAGUGCAGGGACGUAGCCACUUGGGUGGCAAGAGGAGGAAAUUGACAGCGUCUGCUUACCCAGAUCAACAACCAAAAUUUUGAAGGUCAUCAACUUUCUGAUGGUGGUGAUAAGCCAUGGCGACAGAUGAUAAAGUUGCCAUCUUAACCGAUGAUGAAGAGGAACAGAAGAGAAAAUAUGUGCUUGCCGAUCCUUUUAAUGGUAUUUCCAGGGAACCAGAACCACCUUCAAAUGAAACACCUUCCCCCUCUGAAACAGCUGCUCUUCCUGAGGAGGAAAUAGACUGGAUAGAGAAACAUUGCGUUAAAAUAAACAAUGAUCUUCUAAUUUCCAAGGUCUUUUAUUUUUUCUUUUACUCUGCAUAUGGCUCUCUUUACCCCCUUUUGCCUGUGUAUUAUAAGCAGCUGGGAAUGUCACCAAGCCAGAGUGGGCUGCUGGUAGGUAUUCGAUACUUCAUUGAAUUCUGCAGUGCCCCCUUUUGGGGUGUAGUUGCAGAUCGCUUUAAAAAAGGCAAAAUUGUCCUCCUCUUUUCCCUUUUGUGUUGGGUUUUAUUCAACCUGGGCAUCGGAUUUGUCAAACCUGCUACCUUGCGGUGUGUACCAAAGAUUCCUCCAAGAGCUCAUCCCACCACUUCAAGCCACCUGUUCACUCUCCUGCCAACGAAUUCCUCCACUGUCUCUUCCAUUACCACAUCACCAGGAAUUCGUGAGAAAAGGAACCUGCCUCCUUACAAUGGGUCAGAGAUGUUAGAAGCAGGGCACAGUGUCAUGGAAACUGUCAUCUUCUCGACAGCUCCAAACAAGACCAGUGUGCCCACUCUGCAGCCUCAGACUGAUGAAAUUACUGACCAUGUUAUGAACUUGACCAUGAACCCAAGCACUGCAACCUCUGCCCCCCCAGGAAAUGCAACCUGGGAGACAACCACUUCUAUUGUCACUACCACCAAAUCUUUACCUUCUGACCAAGUCACUCUUGUUUAUGAUCAACAAGAAGUAGAAGCUAUAUUCUUGGUGAUCUUGGUAGUUGUCAUAAUAGGAGAAUUUUUCAGUGCCUCCUCUGUCACGAUUGUGGACACGGUAACACUCCAGUAUCUGGGAAAGCACAGAGACCGCUAUGGACUGCAACGCAUGUGGGGCUCCCUGGGCUGGGGCCUGGCGAUGCUGUCCGUGGGCAUUGGCAUUGACUACACCCACGUGGGCGUGCUCAUCAAUGGGAAGGGGUGUAAGCCCCCUGAAUACCGGAACUACCAGAUUGUCUUCAUCGUCUUUGGGGUUCUCAUGACCAUGGCCUUGAUCGUCGCUACUCAGUUCCGGUUCCGCUACAACCACUUCAAAAACAGUGAAAAUAAAGGGAAAGAGGUGGAGAUCCCGCAAGUAGAGAGGAACAGCUCCACAGAAUCCUCUGAGGAGACACCAACCGCCGCCAGCCACUCGCAGGCCUUCAACUUCUGGGACUUAAUCAGGCUGCUUUGCAGUGUGCAGUACGGCUCCGUGUUGUUCGUGGCUUGGUUUAUGGGUUUCGGAUACGGCUUCGUGUUCACCUUUCUCUACUGGCAUUUGGAGGACCUGAAUGGAACGACAACUCUCUUUGGGGUCUGUUCAGUCCUGAGCCAUGUGUCCGAGCUGACAGCUUAUUUUUUCAGUCACAAGCUUAUUGAAUUGAUUGGCCACAUCAGGGUUCUGUACAUUGGCCUGGCCUGCAAUACGGCUCGCUAUAUUUAUAUUUCCUACCUGGAAAAUGCCUGGACUGUUCUCCCCAUGGAAGUUCUUCAAGGAGUGACACACGCGGCCAUCUGGGCAGCCUGCAUUUCUUAUCUCAGCGCCGCGGUUCCCCCAGAGCUGAGGACGUCUGCUCAGGGUAUCCUGCAGGGCCUUCAUCUGGGUUUGGGGAGAGGUUGUGGAGCCAUGAUCGGAGGCGUGUUAGUCAAUUAUUUUGGGGCUGCUGCAACCUUCCGAGGAAUCGGCAUGGCCUGCCUGGUGAUCCUCCUGCUCUUUGCCCUGAUCCAGUGGCUGGCAGUGCCACAUGAGGAAGAAGACAAGACGAUGCUGGCAGAAAGGAUCCCUGUUCCUUCUAGUCCCGUUCCCAUAGCAACCAUCGACUUAGUCCAGCAACAGACAGAAGAUGUUCUGCCACGCGUUGAGCCCAGACUUCCACCCAAGAAAACCAAGCACCAGGAAGAACAGGAGGAUGUGAACAAGCCAGCCUGGGGGGUCAGCUCCUCUCCCUGGGUGACCUUUGUUUACGCGCUCUACCAAAUUAAAGAGAUGAUGCAGCUAACAAGAGACAACCGUGCUUCUGAGAUACAGCCUUUACAGGGGACCAGUGAGGAUCGGGAAACUUCUCCAACUGGUGGAGCCCGGCCUGGACCGUGUGAGCCUCCCUGUGACCCAUCGAGAAACCAGCCGUCCCCUCAAGCAGCAGCAUCUCAGACGCAGAGCAGCCCCGCUCACCCCAGUGGAGACCCGCGCAGGGAGGAGGCUGAGGACCAGCAGGCUCGGCCUGCCUCUGGGGGACACUGAGGGGUCCUGCUCGUCUCACACCCUGCAUGGAACUGGGCUCCUCUGCCAGCACAGAGGGCGCACCUCGAGGAGCAUAGCACCACAUACGCUGCUGAACACCUGAACUCAUCAACGCAGAAAUACACACACACACUCACACAUGUAGAAGCUACAGUACAUAUUGGCAGAAAUAGGUCAACUUCCGUAGUCCCACUGGAGUCACAGAAGGAAAAUGGAUCUCAGUGAGGACGUUCAGUUCUUGGAUUGGUAGGUUAAGGACUACAGGCCUUCUCUGCCAGGGCAGUAAGCGUCGAAACCAGCAGUUACACUAAAUGCGUGGAGGGAAAGAAAAGUGUUUCAAGGUGAAUGCUGAUAUAAUUUCCCUCUUCUGAUUAUUUAUCCUAAUUAUUUGGUUCUUAAUGCAAACUGGGAAGAAACAGAAUACAUCAUCUAUAAUUUUGUUUCUCUUAAAGAGAACAAUUAAAAAAAUAUUUAAGACGUAUUUUAAAAGUAACCAGAUAAAAGUUAGUGGCAUCUAUGCUUUUGUUUAAAAAAAAAAAAAAAAAAGGAAAAGGUUUCAUCAGAAACUUGG